AUGGAAGCUGGCUGGCUGGUGUCUAACACAGAAGAUGUCUCCGCGGUCCUCCGACAAAAAAGGCAUGCCAGCAAAUGUCAAGAGCUGAGGGGCUUGUUCUCCUCAGUGAGGAAAGUGCGAGGCGAUGGCAACUGUUUUUACAGAGCCUUUUGCUUCGCCUAUUUGGAAUCCAUUCUGCGCAAUACCAAGGCUCUACACGGAUUCAAGGAGAAAAUCAUCUCUACAAGUGAAUACCUCUCCUCUGCAGGAAUUGAUCAGAGUUCCUUCCAACUGCACUUGAAUACAGUCCUCAACGUCAUCGAGCAUUGUGAGGGUAGCAAUCAGGAGGAGACGUUGUGCAAGCUCUUCAACGAUCAAGUGACCUCAGACAGCGUGGUGCAGUACCUGCGCCUGCUCACGUCCGCGCACCUGCAGAACCACGCUGACGACUUCUGCAACUUUGUGGAGGCACCCAGUCUGCAGGCCUACUGUCACAAAGAAGUGGAAGCUAUGGGAAUGCAGUGUGACCAUGUGGCCAUUCUAGCUCUUACUCAAGCGCUGGACAUCUGCAUCCACGUCGUCUCAGUGGACGGUGAAGAUGAGCAGUUGGUGCAUCACGUUAUCCCCUGUGGUUCAGAGCCCUCCAUGCACCUCCUCCACCACAUAUCACACUUUAGUAUUCUGGGCCCCCGACCACCACCCUGA